AUGGCGAGCAAAGUUUUCAAGGCUUCAAUGCCAACCAAAACAGCCCCAAUCGCCAUCAUUGGUGCUGGGCCAUGCGGCCUCACACUAGCCCGGCUACUCGAGCGUCAAAAGGUCGACUACGUGGUCUACGAACGAGAUGAGAGCGCCGCGUCAGCCAAUGCAGGUGGGUCGUUAGAUAUUCACGAGGCGACUGGCCAAGCGGCGCUUCGGAAGGCGGGCCUGUGGGAUGCGUUUCGAAAAGAAGCGAGAUGGGAAGACGACAGAUUCACAGUAUACGACAAAUUCGGAAAGCGACAUCUCGACGUCAAAAGCAAUGGGGGAGUCGAUGAAGCAGGAAGGCCCGAGAUAGAUCGCAAAACGUUGCGACAAAUUCUUCUGGACUCCGUACCGCAAGAAAAGAUCCGAUGGGGAAGCACCUUGAAAGCUGUGAAAAUGCAUCAAGCUGGCUCACCGUCCCUUGAGUUCACCUCAGGUGCGAUUGCUGAAGGGUUCAAGCUUGUGGUUGGCACUGAUGGUGCUUGGAGUAAGAUUACUCAAGCGAAGCCUGAAUACUCCGGUAGAACAUACGUGGAAGCCCAAAUCACGGAAGAAAACCCACUGUUUAAGUCAGUCUUGGACAAGUUCGGGCAUGGAACUGCGUCUUUACUGGCGGGAGCAAGCCAAAUGAUCGUACAGCGGCAGGGAAACGGAUACUACAGGGUAUACUUCGGGAUACAAGCUCCCGAGCACUAUGUUGGUAGAGAGCUCGACCCAGCAAGCGUUGAUGCUUUACGAAAUUCACUGCUGUCCGACUUCUACAGCGACUGGGCAGAGGAACCCAAAGACUACAUUCGGCACGCCGACCACUUCCGUAGUUGGCCGUUGUAUCACCUCCCUGUUGAAAGCCAGAACUGGUCGACGGUGCCAGGUCUGGCUCUGGCUGGAGAUGCAGCUCACUUGGCACUUCCCAAUGGCGAAGGCGUCAACUGUGCUAUGUUGGAUGCGAUGGAGUUGGCCAAGAGUAUUGAGAACCAUGGCCUCGACAAGCUGGAGGACGCGGUUCGGGAAUAUGAGAAGGACCUUUUGGUUCGGGGUAAAGCUCAUAUCGAAGACGGCAUACAGCUCGGAAAUCUAAUGUCGCACGAGAGUGGACCGGCCGCCUUGGUGAAGGCUUUCCAGGAGAACGACUUUUGA